AUGUGGUUAUUUAUUGUGCUCUCACUAAACACCUUGCUAAGCUUCCACCUUUGGCAAGCAGAAGCGAAGUUGAAGGACGGUGAUUGCGAAGGUCAGUGUGCAAAAUCUCAUGUAGUUGAUAGACUUCAGCUGUUUUUUCGACACGUAUGGAUAAAGUUAGAGCAGGAACCCCUUUUGAUCAGAAUCCUUUUAACCUGAUAAACAGAUCUAUUUAACAGCUUUGCGACUUUGACUAGGUACAUAGAAUUAAGAUCAGAAUUUCUAUGACAGAGUAUAAUCUGAGUUUCAACUUGAUUGAGUUUAUUGUUGGGUCCAAAUCAAUUUUGAUCUUAAAAUGCAAAUAAGCUUAAAUUGGUGUAUGUGGAUACCCUGAACGUAAGAAAAAAUGGUGACCAAACACACCUGGUUGGUAAAAAGUGAAACAUGAUUCCAAAGAAGGAGAAUGCUUAUUCAAAUUUAGCCAUUUUUGGUCAAGACAUCGAGUGAUACUGUGCUUUGAGUGUGACGUUUUAUACUUAUAACAGUUUUUUAUGUCAAUUGUCCAGCUGAAUUUUUGUGGGAAUAGGCCAGAUGCUUGAUAUCUGUUACAAAAAUAUGUGAAAAUUUGCAAAAAAAUUGAUGUUUGAAAAUCCUAUUUUCCGUGCGUGGUUGACCCCCUGUUAAUGAUUAUGCCUUCUUAUGAAAGAGUCAAAUGUUUUGAUCUUGUUUUUCAGUCUGUAUAAAGUUCCUUACUAAUUUUGCCAGUAAACUAUCCAGUGAUGACUUGUCAGAUCUCACUAAAAUCCAGGACAAGUUAAAGGCAACUUGCAAGAAAGCAAAAACCAAAGAAAACAGAUUUGUAAGUAAAAGAACCCUGUUGAAAGCUAAUGGGUCUUUACGCUUAGACUCAUCAACACGCUGCGUGGGAAGAAUGAGAGUUGUACUCCAGGGCUCAGUCUUGUACAUAGUUGAAUCAUAAGCUCCUCUCCUCUGUUAUGUUGCUUAAAAGAAAGGAGCAGAUAAUACUUUAAAAGCAGUACACUGUGAAUAGUGAUAAUUAACAAUUAACUGGAUUUGCCUGUGGUUGAGAGGUCGAGUAAUGCCUGGCCUCUGCUAUCUAUUUUAACCCUUUUUAAAAAGCCCUAAGAGUGAUCAGCAUCAAAUUUCUCCUUGUUAUAUCAAUACCUUGUAAAACAGAGUUGUCAUGAGAAUUACCGACAAGAUCACGCAAGAUGAAUUGGCUUGAUAUUUUAUCAACUUCUUCCCUCUAUUUCUGUAGGAAAUGAAUAGGGGCAACAAAUGAGAAUUCAAAUUUUGAUCUUAGUGUUUAAAGGGUUAAUCAACUUCACUGAGGCACCACCAGGUAUAUCCCUUCUGCCUGCCCCACCCCACCUUCCCCCCAGGAAUAAUGUGCAUUAUUUUUUUUCACUAGUGUUAUUACAUUGGAGGAACAGCUGAUGCCGCUACUGGCAUGUUAAAGGAAGUUGUCAAGCCCCUGAGUUAUCACAUGCCAGCAGACAAGAUCUGUGAGAAGCUUAAAAAGCAAGAUGCACAGAUCUGUGAGCUUCAAUAUGGUGAGUGAGAAAAUCAAUAUGUGGUCUCAGCAUGCAAAUAAAGUAGUGUCUGAUAGCCCAAGGCUAGAGGAUAUUCCUAUCGGACUACUGAAUUCCCCAACAGGAAAAUGAAGUUUUUUGGAGAAUUUAAUUUACAGAAGAACUGUAAUCAGUCCUGUCUAGGCUGAAAUCCAAAAAAUUCCAAAAAUCUGGGAGACUGUACCGCCUGGUCUCAAGUGUCUGCCAUAUCAUAAGUUUAAGAAAGAAUGGAAGUCCUGUCUUCUAACCAACCAAAUCUGACCUUGCUUUUAUGUUCUAUCACUGAUAUUAUCUGAGAUUUUAUUCCUCUCUUUACUGCUGCCAAUUAUUUCAACAUGAUGGGGUCCAACAAGAAAGCCCUUGCUACUUUGGACACUGUACACAAAUGAACUUAAUAUCCUUUAGUUAAUUAUUAUUUGUCAGCGACUUUAUUUUCCUACCUAUGUACACUUAUGUAAAUAUCUUAUAAUUUAAAGUGUGAAAUAAGGAAUUGAAUUGAAUUGAAUUGAAUAUGGCUCUGGAGCUAGUACGUGCUAGUUAUAUCUUUCCCGAACAGCAAACUAUAAGACUGACUAUCUUUGCACCCUGGGUCUGUUAUUGGUAACAGCGAAACUCAACUGACUGGUCUUCUUGAUUAUUCAAACUUUUUGCAACAUUCUGGAACUAAUGCACUUUGUUUUCAUGGUUGCAGACAAGCAGAUUGAUCUGAAUAAUGUGGACUUAAAGAAACUGCGAGUUAAACAACUCAAAAAGAUCUUGAGUGAUUGGGACGAAGAUUGUGUUGGAUGUUUAGAAAAAUCAGACUUUAUAAAGAAGAUUGAACUGCUUAAAAAAGAACACACCGAGCUCUGA